ACGUUAAUACUUUACUAAUGAUGUGAUGAAGUUUCCCAUAUGUGGACAAACUUGACAACCAACAUUGACUUGACUCUUCAUCAUUCCAACAUAUCAUCUAAAUAAAUCACACACCCUCUAUAAAUCACACACCCCUUCAAUUAUUCUUUAGCUUGUACCUAUCCAAGUAAUAUUUCUUAAUCAUAUCCAUUGCAACUAUAAAUAUUUCACAUUUCAUAUUUUCACCCUUCUCAUAUCGAUCUAUUAACAUAAUAAAAUUAGUGUUCGUAAGAUAAGAUCAUGGUUAUUGUUUCAACACCGCCGGAAGCAAAAACCGAAAGCAUGAUGGCUGCUUCAUCAUCAUCAUCAACAUCAAGCAUCAUAACCAUGCAUCAUGACAUCAUCCAUACACACAUCCUCACACGCCUUGACGCCGCCACGCUGGCAACAACCGCUUCCACUUGCUCGCACCUCCGCGACCUCUGUAUAGACGACAGUCUCUGGCGAAAAAUCUGCACCGCCACGUGGCCUUCCUUAGUAGACCCCACCACCUGCCACAUCAUCUCCACUUUCCCAAACCGCCACCGUUCGCUCUUCUCCGACGCAUUCCCCGCACUUCAUCAUUUCUCUUGCAAUUCAAAUCGUCCGUCGUCUCCUCCUCCGGCAGAGAUCAUUUCCGCCGUGGAUAUUUUCUACAAAGGUAAGCCGGUGUUUUCGAGAGUUCGGCGAACCGAAACAACGAAGAACUCAUUUCUAUCCUCGCCGCUGUGGAUUGAAAUUCUGGAACCGAACGAGUUAAUUCCGACGCCGGUGAAGUUCGUAAGAAAAGACGAAGAAUUAAUGAAGCAUUUGGAAGAGAAUUUAUGUUUAAGCUGGAUCCUAAUCGAUCCAACCGGAAAACGAUCGGCAAAUGUUUCGAGUCGGAAGCCGGUUUUAGUACGGCGGCACUGGCUCACAAGAGACGUGGAGAUUCUAUUUGCAGUGACGAUGGCGGGGGAGCCGCGACGCACGACGGAGAGUGUACAGUGUAUGGUGAAGGUCACGUGCUGUGGGAAAGUAGGAGGGGAGUUGCACGUGAGGGAGGUGAAUUUAGUGAUGGAGGAUAUGGAAGGAGGGAAGGUGAGUGGGAAAGAAGGGGUUAUAAUUUUGCAGAAGGCGAUGGAGUUUGGGGAGAGGAAGAAAGUGGGUGAAGUGGGAGAGAUGACGGAGAGGUUUGAUAGAUUUUUGGGUAUGAUUAGGGAGAGGAGAGAGAGGAGACAUAGAAGACAGAGGGAACGUGAUGGUGUUUCUAUGGUGGUUGCGUUCAUUGUUUGCAUUUGGUUAUGUUACCUAGCUGGUUUUUGAGGGAGGCCUUGACUUUUACUACAAUAUACAGUGAUUGUGAAAAUUUAUAUUAAAAAGAUUAGAUCCAAAUUUAUACAAGUAAACUAAUUCUUUAGCUUGAAGAAUUACAUUAUAGAGAAAAAAUGUAUUUACUAGUGUCCUUGUAUGUAUUAUCUUACAUAAUGAAGAUAUUAUCUUUUGGUA